AUGCGUAUCGCCGUUGCAGGUUCUGGCGCCAUGGCCAGGUACAUCUGCGAAGAGUUCCCCAAAUAUGGCCAUCAAGUCGUCGUACUAUCACGAACCGAGAAGGCGGCUUUCAAGGGCAAUCUCCAUGUCUCGCAAGUCGUAACAGACUACUCUGUUACUUCGAUCACCGAAGCGAUCAAAGAUUGUGAUAUGCUAACUUCGAUGAUCCUUUCCUACGGCCCUGAUUUCAUCGAUGUCCACCUGAAGCUUAUCGAGGCAUGCCAGGCCAGUCCUAAGUGCAAGCGCUUUAUUCCGUCCGAAUAUGGGGGUGAUCUUGAAAACCAUCCGGACCUUCCAGUCUUCUACUACCGCACACGAGAGCCUAUCCGAAAGGUUCUGCGCGAGCAAACUGAACUAGAAUGGACCCUUGUCAGCGUCGGCUGGUUCAUGGAUUAUGUGGUUCCUUCAAAGAAUAGGUACCUCCAGGAUCCCGGGCCGGCAUUCCCCGUCGAUCUUACUGCAAACCGCAUCAUCAUUCCGGGCACGGGAAACGACCCCAUCGACGUCACCGCAGCUCGUGAUGUUGCUGCAGCGUUGGCAAUGCUCGCGGAUGCGCCGAAGUGGGAGACCUAUACCUAUGUCUCUGGAGUACAGACUAGUUGGAAUAACCUCGCUACACUGGUCCAAAAGCAUUAUCCACAAGUUGAUCAAGUUAAACAUCUUGGCCUUGGUCAGAUUCUCGACACUAUCCAGACCUCAGAAGACGAAGUGGAAAUCCUCGUGUCGCAUUAUCAGAUGUUCACACCACUUGGAGCUGGAUCCUUCAGUCCGGACUUAGUACAGCGUGAUCGUCGCAAGUUCUUCGCUGGGUUCAGAUUCCGAACACCCGAACAACUCGUCAAUGAAGCGCUUAGAAGCCCUGGCAGUAUCGUGUAA